AAAUAAACACAAAAGGAAGCCAAGUUGUAGUCCGAUGGUUGUAGCAUCGUAGCGUUGGCCAUUAUUUGUGAUGGAUAUAUAAAAACAAUCUUCAGGAAGAAAACCCUUAAAUUGGAGGGCCUGAAAAUGAAUUAAUCAGUGAUUAUGAGAUUCUUCAUUUUUAAUUGAUCAAGAUUUUUAAAAAGCCAUCAUGAUACUUAUUUGGAGGUAUCUCGCAUAGAAGACUGAUUAAACGCAUAUAAGGAAAAUAUGAAAGAAUUUUGAAAAUAUUGAAGAAAUUUAUUACACCAUGGAAUUUUCAGCAGCUAACGAAUAUAAUACCACUGUUCAACAAACAGACAUGGUGAAUUGUAGCUUACAAGAUAAUAUAUUGUGGAACAAUACAGAGUACAAUAUUUCAGCUGAGAAUUUCAUAUCUGCAGAUAGCUCAGUUCUUAAUGAUGAAGAAUUCAGUGCACAAUUUGCAGGAGCAGAGUAUAGAGAAACUCAAACUGUGCUCACAGAUGGAUCGGGAAAUGGCUUUGGUGUGUCCACUGUCAGUUUUGACACAGUUGAAGAGAUUGUGUGGACAGGAAACCAGGGAGGUCAUAUAACAUCCUACUAUGGCCCAAUGUUACAAAAAUAUACUUCCUUCCAAGUUCAUCCAAAACAUGAGGUACGCCAGAUUCGGCCAUUGGGCAAUGGAAUAUUAGCACUCACACAGAACCAUCUGAGAUUUCAAAAUAGAAGAGGUUUACCAGUCUACAGCUAUACAUCAGCCAACAUGGUUGAUAUGCAAUGCUUACUGUGUUAUUCUUCAACAAGCUUACUGAUGGGAGGACAUCAGGAAAAAAUGAUAGAUUUGGACUUGAACACUAUAAAAGAAAAGAGAUCUAUUGAGAUAGGAGAGAAUGGUUGUGCAAUGUUGAAGCAACAUAAUAGAUACAUAUGCGCUGGCAAUGCUUUUGGAAGAAUUGAAUUUAAGGAUCCUAAUACAUUGAAUACAGAGCAUACAUUGGAUACCCACAGUGGUUCAUUGAGUGAUUUUGAUAUACAAGGAAAUUAUUUGGUAACUUGUGGAUUUAGCAACAGUAGACAGGGGCUCUCCGUUGACAAAUUUCUCAUGGUGUAUGAUUUGAGGCAAAUGAAAGCAAUAAAUCCACUGCAAACUUUAAUAUACCCAUUACUACUUAAAUUCCUGCCAAGCUAUUCAAGUAAAGUUGCAAUUGUGUCCCCGUUGGGGCAAAUGCAAGUGAUUGACACCAUUUAUGCUAAUACACAAUCAUUGACAUGUUUAUAUCAGGUGGCUACCGGAGGAGCCAUGAUUUCCUCAUUUGAUGUGUCAUCAACAUCUCAAGCCUUGUGCUUUGGAGAUUCUGUAGGCUCUAUUCAUCUAAUGACCUCUAGUGUAACCGAUCCACAGUUUAAUACUUUUUCAAGACCCACAGAGUUUGUCGAUUCAGAAGAGAUUGUACAAUCUAUGGAUAUCAAUGAUGUCAACUCACCUUUGAGCACGAUGCCAAUUAUAUACAAUGCUGGCACAUUACUGAGUGACUGGCCUGAGGAAUACUCCAGAAAAAUUUACAGAAAAACUCCUUCAAUAGAUGGAGAGAUUUUGAAAAUGAUGAAGAUGCAAGGAUCCAUUGGAUAUGCCCCUAAUCCUUGUCCUCACCGUAGAAGACAGAAAAAGCAGAUACUCUCUGCGUAAUCAAGUUUCAAUGAUCUUGCAUAAAAAUGAAAAUGCUGAAGCAAAUAAUCAAGGUAUUAAAUCCAAAAAGUAGCUUGUAAAUAAGAAUGAUUUUGAGAGAAGUUUCACACACAGUGAAACAGUUUAUCUGAAUGAUAUAUAUUUUUUAAUGAAGCAGAUAUAUUUAUAAAAA